CUCUAGCAAAUUAUCAUCUGAAAGGGAAAAUCAAGCUUUACCUUUCCCCCAUUUUAGUCCACUCAAAUACCCCCCGGUAUUUCCUAUCGAUCAAAACAAAUAUUUUGUAAAAAGAUGGCUACGUCGACGUCGAUAAACUCGACGCGAGAAUUUUGGAAGAAUUUUGAUCUUAUCACUCUUCAGAAAACCUUGGACAGCGAAGCGACGGAACUUGCAAACAGACAAGAUGAAUCAGACACAUCUCGUAAAAGAUUGGUUGAAUUAAGCAAGGAAUUCAAGAAGAAUACUCCUGAUAAUGUUCGAAAACAAGUGGCUCCCUUGCUAAAAAAUUUCCAAGGGGAGAUUGACUCAUUGACAAAGCGAAGCAAAGCAGCAGAAACAGUAUUCCUAUCACUAUAUAAAAGAAUAGUGGAAAUUCCUGAUCCUUUGCCAAUUUUGGACCAGUGUAUCUCUAAUCAACAAAAAGUUUCCAAAUUUCAUGAUUACGAGGUUGAGAACAAAAAACUACGGGAAACAUUGAACGAAUAUAACACAGAGUUUGCAGAAGUUAAAAACCAAGAGGUUACAAUCAAUCGCUUGAGGGAAAAAAUUAGAGAGUACGAGGACAAAAUUGAAGAGACAGCGAAGUUGAGAGUGAAGGAGAAAGAAAAGGAAUUGCAAAAGAUUUUUGCUGAAAGAGAGAGACAGCUUCAGGAAACUCAACUUGAGGUGGCCAAGAAAUUGGGAGAAACAGAACAAGAAGUUGUUGCUUUGAAAGCAGCUUUGGAAAGUUCCCAAUCUGAGCUGUUUGAUGUGAAGUCAAAGCUAGAUGAAGAAAAUGAAGCAAGAGGAUCUGCUGUUGAGCUAUUGGAGGCUGAUGUAGAGAGAGCAAAUCAGAGAGCACUGCUUGCUGAACGCCAAGUUGAAGCAUUAAAUGAACAAUUGAGUCAAGUCAAAUCAGAAGUACAGACUUCUGAUGAAAAAUCAAGACAAAAUGUGGAUGAUGCUUUUCACUCAAUAUCAAGGACAACAUUGGAAAGGGAACUUUCUGCAAAAGAAAAAGAGAUUGGUCAGUUGGUGGAAGAUAUUCAACGUCUUCAAGCAGCUAUGAAUAAGAUGCGUGAGGCAGGAAUACAUCAGGUAACUUCAUUAGAAGAACAAUUGGCAAGUAAAACUGAAGCCACCCACCAGCUGGAAACAAAGCUCAAAGAACAAGCAGACUAUGAUGAUAUUCACAGAGAACUCAAUAUCUUGAAAUCUGUGGAGUUUUCGAGAAUCCCAAGUGUUGAUGAUGACGACAAUGAACAGGAUACAAGCAAGUCCCUAGAACUGCUUCUUUUGGAAAAGAAUCGAGGUUUGCAAUCUGAAAAUACCAAACUAAAGUUUGCCAACCAAGAUCUUACUGAGCGCCAUGCAGAUCUACAAAGGCAAUAUACAGAAGCAGCGCACACUGUUAAGGAACAGAAGGAAUUGAUUAGUGAACUUGAGACAGAUUUACUGUCAGUUAAUGCAUUACCUUCGACACACCGUGGUCAAGGAGAGGGUGAAGCAGGUCCAACAUCUGAAACAGAACUUGUUUCUGUAGCUGUUCAAGGUGCAAAAACCCCAACAUCAGUUCCUGAUGUAAACCCGUUAGAAGGGGCAGCAACCUCAGAAUCUCUUCUUACCAUCAUUUCAAGCCAGCGAGAAAGAUUUAAGAUGAGAAAUCUGGAGCUUGAAGCACAAGCGCGGCAUCAACAACGGCAAUCAAGUCUACUACAAAAUGAAAUUGAUACACUCCGCUCGGAUAAUGUGAAACUCUAUGAGAAAAUUCGAUUUCUUCAAAGUUACCCAAAUAAGGGUGGUAAUAAUCGUGAAGAUGAGAAUGCUGUUAAUAAAUAUUCUUCCCAAUACGAAGCAAGACUUGACCCUUUUGCAGCCUUUAACAAAAAUGAAAAACAACAGAGAUAUUUAGGACUGAGUGCACAUGACAAAGUUACUUUGAAUAUGGGAAAAUUUAUUUUAUCCAACAAGAUUGCAAGAGCAGUGGCUUUCUUUUACACUAUAUUCCUUCACUGCUUAGUCUUCCUGGUGUUAUACAAGUUGGCAUAUGCAGAAUCAUGCAAACGAAUUGUGGCUGCAGAAUGCAAUAAAAGAUUUAUUGAUCACAUGCACAAUGCCCAUCCUGGUUCAGAAGCUGGCUAUUUCCCAACGUGAAAAUACAAGCCUUAUGUGCAAUAAUAAUUUUUAACAAACUGCUGUGGCAUUUUGCUUUAAUUGUCAGUCAUUUCAAAUGUAUUCAAUUAAAUCAGGAUAUGUUUAGGGUAUUUAUAAUACAUAUAUACAGGUUUUUUGAAACUAUAACAAUAAACACAAUUGAUAUG